AUGGCGAACAGAACUAGCGUGGUUCUUGAAGAAAUUAUAAAGGAUAUUCUCAUUAAGCUUGGAUUGGAUUUUGUUAUAUCAAAAGCCAAGAAAUAUGGCAUUCACUUAAUUCUUGGAUUGGUUAACAAUUGGGAUGCUUUAGGAGGAAAGAAACAAUAUGUAGCAUGGGCAGUGCAAAAAGGACAGAAUUUGACAAGUGAUUAUGAUUUCUUCAAUAAUCCUAAGGUCAAAAAUUUCUACAAAAAUCAUGUUAAGGUUGUGCUUACAAGAGUGAACAAAAUAACCAAAGUGGCAUAUAAAGAUGAUCCAACCAUUCUUUCUUGGGAGUUAAUGAAUGAGCCUCGUUGCACAUCUGACCUCUCUGGAAAGACAAUGCAGUAUUGGAUUACAGAAAUGACAAGACAUUUUAAAUCAAUAGACAAAAAUCAUCUUUUGGAGAUUGGACUUGAAGAAUUUUAUGGGAAUAACAGGAAGCAAUAUUACCCAAAAUCUCUUGAAUUUGGGACUGAUUUCGUCUCCAACAAUCAAAUUAAGGGAAUUGAUUUUACCUCAAUUCAUAUGUAUCCUGAUCAAUGAUAUAAUCUCUACUGCCCUUUUCCUUCAUACAUAUAUAAUUUUGUACCCUUUCAUUGUAUUUUAUGAUUUUUUUAGACAGCAUUUGUUUGGUAUGAUGGAAAAUAUUUUUUCCAAGGAAAAAUCUUUCUUAGUUAUUUUAUAAUGUUUGUUAAGUAAGCAAAAAAAAAAAUGUUAUCUCAAAAACAUUCAUAUUUAUA